CCUAUCAAACGUCCGUCGGAUCAGAGAGGACCGCUCGCUCAGCAGGGUAAAACCGUUAAGAAGCGGAAGCGGAUGGCAGACAAGAUCCUGCCGUGGAAAGUGCGGGACUUGGUACCCGAGUCGCAAGCCUACAUGGACCUCCUAGCCUUUGAGCGCAAGCUGGACGCCACCAUCAUGCGCAAACGGCUGGAUAUCCAGGAGGCGCUGAAGCGGCCGAUGAAGCAGAAGCGUAAGCUGCGCGUCUUCAUCUCCAAUACGUACUUCCCUGCGAAGGCGGCGGCCGAGGGCGAGACGGACGGCAGCGCCGCCUGCUGGGAGCUGCGCGUCGAGGGCAAGCUGCUGGACGACGGCAAGCCUGACCAGUCGGCCAAGGGCAAGCGCAAGUUCUCUUCAUUCUUCAAGUCAUUGGUGAUCGAACUGGACAAGGACUUGUACGGUCCGGACAAUCUGGUGGAGUGGCACAGAACAGCUAGCACUCAGGAGACAGAUGGCUUCCAGGUGAAGCGACCAGGGGACCGUAACGUGCGCUGCACGAUCCUGCUGCUACUGGACAACCAGCCGCCGCAGUUCAAGCUGGACUCGCGGCUGGCGCGUCUGCUGGGCGUGCACACGCAGUCGCGGCCCGUCAUCACGCAGGCGCUCUGGCAGUACGUCAAGCACAACAAGCUGCAGGACCAGAGCGAGCGCGAGUACGUCAACUGCGACCGCUACCUGGAGCAGAUCUUCCAGUGUUCGCGUAUGAAGUUCGCCGAGGUGCCGCACCGGCUCAACUCGCUGCUGCACCCGCCCGACCCGAUCGUCAUCAACCACACCAUCACCGUGGACGGGCCCGAGCAGAAGAAGACGUCCUGCUACGACAUCGAGGCCGAG